AUGGCAGCGGCACAUGCAGCUUGGCUGGUGUACGGCGGCAUGAUCAAGAAGACGACGAAGACGAUGCAGGCAUUCGCUGCCGAGCUGAUCCAGAACCUGAUCAACGAGAUCGUCACCAUGCAAGGCCGCCAGUCCAACCCACGUGCUGAAACAGAACGGCUGGCUCAUUGUCCGGCCCAGGACUUCCAUGUCAAGCCCCUCGCUGCCUUCCUCGACUUUCUCGCCACGGCUGCGGCCGUCACCAUCUCCCUGCCGUCGGGUGUCACUCUCCCGUCCGGCGUCACCCUCCCCUCCGGUGUCACGGUCGUCACUGCUGGUGCGACCACCAGCACCACCCCCGUCGUCAAGCGCCAGACCGCCGCCCUCUCGGCCCUCAGCGGCCUAACCGUCCUCUCCGGCUUCACCCUCGCCACUCUGCAGCAGACCCCGGCCCCUGCGACUGCCACCCGCACCGCCCUAGCCGCGCCGACCCGCGCCUGA